AAAUAAUUAUGUAAACUCAAUCACCGCAGACUAACAUUACGAUCAGUGCAGGACCCAGAGAUUCAUAAUGGAUAGAUAGACUCAAAGAAGAAUAUGCUGCUCUGAUCAACUAUAUAAAAACCAAUAAAAGUGAAGAUAAUGAUUGGGUAAAAUUGGAACCAGCAAAUAAAGAAUGCACAAAGUAAUUAACGUGAAGGAUUAUUUAAUAGUUGGAAAGGGAAAUGUUGGGUAGUCCAUAAUUUGAUUCGAUAUGAAUUUGAUUUUUAAUUUGAAGUUAACAAAAUAUGAUUAUUUAGAUUCCACCAACAUAUCCAUUAGCUCCAAUUGAAAUCGAAAUUCCAUCAUUAGAUGGAUUGACUCCUAAAAUGUACAGAGGUGGCAAGAUCUGUAUUGACAUUCAUUUCGCUCCUUUAUGGUAGAAAAAUGCACCCAAGUUUGGGAUUGUUCAUGCUCUAUAAUUGGCUGUAAUAUAUUUAAUUUUAAAUAAAAUAGUUAGCUCCUUGGUUGGCAGCUGAAAUCCCUGUGUUGAUUGAGGAAGGUAAAAUAAAAAAGGAUUGA